AAAAAAAAAAAAAUCCUUAUUCUGAUAUUUUCGACCGGACUCGACUCGACCAGUCCUGCCUUACGGCUCACACUCGUUCUGUUUCUCUAUCUGGGUUACCCUCGUGGGUCUCUUUCCUUCCAAUUCCCUUGGCAAACCCCAACUUCUUCAAUCUAGGGUUUACCUCCCUCUACCGUUUUCAUCUCUAAUCAUGUUGGCGCUCUAAGGCUUGAGGCUUUGGUCGAGAGAGGUACAGAUUAGCGCUUCGCAUUCUCAAGUGUGCCUAAUAGAAAGAAAAUUAUGUAUCACCGGGAUCGGGGAGGAGCCGGCAGCGUUUCAUCGAGAUCGGAGCUUGUAGGAGGACCCGUCGAUCGGAAGCGCAUAAACGAUGCGCUCGACAAGCACCUACAGAAAUCGUCUCCAUCAACUUCGAGGGGCAAGGACAAAGAGAGGUUGUCCGUGCCAUCCACAUCCGCGGGCAAAUCGCAGCUCGAUUCUCGACCAGCUUCUCUAUCCAAGAACAAGUGCUCCGAUGAGGAAUCUGAGACGGAUAGUGAAGAGUCAGAUGUAAGUGGUUCCGAGGGGGAUGACACAUCCUGGAUAUCAUGGUUCUGCAAUCUUCGAGGAAAUGAAUUUUUCUCUGAAGUGGACGAUGAAUACAUUCAAGAUGAUUUUAAUCUUUGUGGGUUGAGCAGUCAAGUUCCGUAUUAUGAUUAUGCACUUGAUCUUAUAUUGGACGUGGAAUCUUCUCACGGUGAUAUGUUCACUGAAGAGCAGAACGAGUUGGUGGAGUCAGCAGCAGAGAUGCUUUAUGGUCUAAUUCACGUGCGUUAUGUUCUCACUAGCAAGGGCAUGGCUGCAAUGCUAGAGAAGUACAAGAACUACGACUUCGGGAGAUGCCCUAGAGUUUACUGCUGCGGGCAGCCCUGCCUUCCAGUUGGCCAAUCCGAUAUUCCUCGUUCAAGUACUGUUAAAAUUUACUGCCCGAAAUGUGAAGACAUUUAUUACCCUCGAUCAAAGUAUCAAGGCAGUAUCCUUUGUUAUUAUUUGACAAUUGUUCUUUUGCUUUUUGUGCUGCGUAUCUUGCUGGAAAAUUGGUUUGCUGUAUUCUCUUAACGUAUGCACAGACCUUGAUGGAGCAUACUUCGGGACAACAUUUCCUCACCUAUUUCUGAUGACGUAUGGACAUUUGAAGCCACAGAAGGCAACACAGAGUUAUGUACCAAGGGUUUUUGGGUUCAAGCUCCACAAGUCCUGAGUUCAGGAAGAGGGCAACCCCCUGAGGUUCACCACUUUCAGCUGUUGAAGUGACCGAGAUUGUUUUUCCCAGCAGGCACCUCGGGCGAGCGGGUUAGUAACUUGCUCAGUGGUGGUGGAACAGAUAAUGGGUUGCCCGAUCAGAAUGGGAGACUUUUGUGCUAUUUGUUUAAUUCAACUUAUCAGCAUUUGUAAUAUUUUAGUGUUUGUAGUUUGUACCAUCUUCUUUUGCUAAAAAUGAUUCUUAUUUAUUACUCUUUGUUUCUGCUUCUGUUUUUGUGGGUUUAUUAUGUUGAUCAGAAGUGAGUUGCAACAUAGGGUUUUCACCUCUCACGGCCUGCCAUUUCUUUUCCAUUCCAUCUGUUUUUCUGAUGUCAAACGGUAAAAAAUAUGCUACUUGUGUUUUAUUUUAUUCAUUUUAUAAUACUUUUGUGUCAUUUGUAUCUAGC